GUCUCAUGAAUAUUCAUAAGCGGCAUAGAGCUACAUGCGGCCUCACCCUCGAUCCGUUGCUAGACGAGUGUGUUAUCUUUCAGCGACUUUAUCAUCGGUUUCCUUGGACUUUGCCGGACGUUUUCGGAUUUAAGGGAAGACGAAUAUCAGCAAAGGUUACAUUAUCCGGUUACGACCUGGUUACACGUUUGAUUGAUGUGUGCAAGCCACGCCCUUGCCUUAGAUCCACCUGCGCUUUCAGAAACUCACUUUAGUGAAGCGCACAAGUAACCUGAGCACUCUCUGGACACGAUUUAUAGUGGAUAAACCCUCCAUUCGAUCUUUCUGGACCGUCCAGCCUAAGAACAACCAACGUUACCUUAUCUACUGCUGCUCUUCGUUCUGCCUCUGAUCAAAACCCUCCAGGUCAAUAAGACAGCAAAGAUGAUGCAAAUCUGCGAUUCCUACAACCAAAAAAACUCCCUCUUCAAUUCCAUGAACCGGUUUAUUGGUGCCGUGAACAACAUGGACCAGACGAUUAUGGUGCCAAGUUUGCUGAGGGAUGUCCCAUUGGACCAGGAAGGGGAGAAAGAGGUGAGCUCCUUCCAGGAUGGGGACAUGUACGGCUCUUAUGUGCUCCUCAAAUCAAUUAGGAACGAUAUCGAAUGGGGUGUACUUCAGGCCGACGAGAGGCGUAAGGAAAAGCAUGGCGUGACGACGGCCCUGGAGAUGUCUCGCAUUGAACCGAACGAUGAGGACUUGGAGAAGCUGUUUCAUUUUCAUCUAAACGGACUGCACACGGUUCUGUCAAAACUCACCCGAAAAGCCAACACUUUAACAAACAGGUACAAGCAAGAAAUUGGUAUCGGUGGCUGCGGGAAUUGAAAUGAACUGGAGUUUACUCCAUCCAUUGCCGGUGGACUGCAAAAAAGUUCACAAGGGGGUGCAGCAGGGGCCGAAGCCAAAUGGGCCCCUGGUGGCUUCCGUGCAUCUUUAAUUCCCCGGAUCAGAAAAAAAGACUUGUACUCGACGCCGGUUUACAAGCACCCUUAAUUCCCCUGCUAAUAUCCCUUGAUAUUGUUUGCACAACCUUGAUGCUGGCUUGGAAACAGGCUUUUGAAAUUAAAUGCGAUUUAUUUAAGCAAACAGGCCAACAUUUAACAUUUAGAUAUGCAAAAGACAUUUCAUUGGUCGUUAUGGUAGUUUUGGCGGUGUAUUAAUGUAGAUUAUAACAGGUUGGGCUGAGAAUUAAUAUCACUAAUUAUGUAUGAAACGCACAUUUCAACACUGAAAAGCCACUGGUACUUUAUGACGUCAAUCGUUGAUGGAAUCAUAUGAUGGUUCUUAUGGAUGUUGACAGAUUCCUGGAGAUUACGUCACAGAUACUGUUGGUAAAAGUUCUAGAAGGAAAGUUGUGUCAUGUAUUUUUUUUUCUAUCACAAAGAUGGUUUGGAAAAUAAACAUUUUGUAAAUGCAA